AUGUUGACACUUACGACCAAUUUUGAUAAAUCUCAGACUUUGAGAACUAAUCAUAAGAUCAUCAAAAUAAUACUGAUCAUCUCAACAGCCAUUUUCGUUCUCAUCGAUGAAACCAGCACUUUCCCAUCAAAGCGUACUCAAUCUCACAUUAAUGGAUAUAACAUAGUCGAGUUCGAAGAAGACACCCAAGUAUGCGAGAUCAAUCUCAAACAUCCGACGACGGAUUCGAAAAUAUCAAAAUCAGACGACUUCCGCGACUUCGUGAGCAAUUCGAAACUUUGGGUGGAUAAAAGUCUUCUCGCUGAAAAAAUAGUAACUGCAGCUGACAGAGUGAUAUUAAUCACUGCUCCUCGGAAAUGGGGUAAAAGCUUGAAUCUGAAUAUGCUAAAAUGUAUUUUUGAAAACAGCCCAACAAACGUCUCAACUGAAGCAGAUUUUGUGCACAAGUUUUUCACAAAACAAAUCGUACAUUAUGAGAACAUAACGGCGGGUAAAGUAAUGUGCAGACCGUUGAUUUCGACGAGAACUGAUUUCAUGAAGAAAUACUUUCAGAAAUAUCCUGUCGUUUAUUUGAAUUUUAGAAAUUUUACCCUAGACAAUUGGCGAAGCUCGUUUAAAAUUAGCAUAUCUCGGGUAUACAAGAAGCAUGAAUAUUUGCACACACAUUGGAAGUCUGUCGCCUCGGAUCAAAAUAAACCAUUCGAUGUACGAAAAAAUGCGAAAAAAAUAACUGAUAAAUUUUCCAAAUACAUGAGGUCGAAAGAUGACGAUGAUAGUUCGUUACAAAAUAGUAUCGCUUGGUUAUGCCAGAAUUUGUACGAGGUUUAUGAUAAAAAAUGUUUUGUUUUCAUCGACGAAUUCGACGCUCUGCAAAACGAGACAAUUUUUAAAAACGAGACAGGAACAGAAGCUAUCGAGUUCAUGAAAACUUUCAACUCAUUGAUUUUCAAGAAUCCUGAAAAGGCGGGUAUCGAGAGAGCUGUCCUGACUGGAAUACUUCGAUCAGCCAAAUCAACAUUGUUGAGUGAUGUCCCUCGGUAUUAUGAUGCGAAUUCGAUAAAUAUGAAACGAUUCACACCGUUUUACGGGUUCACUCCGCACGAAGUGGAAGCAAUAAUACGUCACGAAGAGCCGGAAUCAUUUCAAGAGUACUUUCGCUAUGCUACCAAAUGGUACGAUGGCUAUGGAUCGUUAGGUUUAUGGGAUGGUUCGAUGUUCAAUGCUUGGGACAUAACGAGACACAUCGAAACGUUCACCACACAUCCAUUUUGGGUGAAGACUGGUUCAAUGGAGGUACUAAUGAAACUACUGAGUUUUGAUUUUUUCGAAAAAAUUAUCUGCGCUGCGCUAGACUCGAAUCAAGGUUACCAGAUUUCUGCAUCUAGUCUUCAAAAUGUAGACGAAUCUACGUUGGAAGAGAUUCGUGGAUUACUGAAUGCAGAAUAUGCAAAUAUGUAUCAGUACGAGAAGAAUAAUGGACGAGACGAACAACUCCAAAUUGCGGCCAUACAAUUCGCGUUGCAAACUGGAUAUUUAUCAGUUCGAUCGAAUUUAGGUUCCGAAUCGCUGAAAAAAAUUAAUUCAGGUUCGAUGAAAGUUCCAAUCAUUGUACCGAAUUGGGUAUUGAGACUCGUAUUGCGGCAUACUCGAGACGACACGAUUAGGCUCCGAUAUAUUCGCUGA